AUGGCGAAAUCCGAGUCCUCAAGCCCUUCAAGAUGGCCCCGCCUCCCUCCCGAGAUACUAGAGCUCAUCAUGGACAUGCUCGAUGACGAUACCCCAGCCCUCGCAUCCAUCCUCCAAGUCGACCGUCAAGGAUUUUUUGCAGCCGUGCCCCGACUCUACCGAGACCCCUUCUUCCGUAUCCGAGAGAUCUAUCGUCGUAAAUGUCACAGUAUCCGGAUCGAUGCCAACAGGACCGAGGUCAAUCAACGUCUGAGGCCCAAGACGCUCUCGGAUGAUUUGGGUUUCUUGCCGACGACGAAGGAGGAAGAGACGGCGUUGAAAGUGUGGAACGCUUAUCGGACAAAGGCUUUCUUUGAGGAGGAUGAAGCUGCGAUUAAUUCGAGAUGGAAGAGAGAGGCGCGGGAACGGGAGAGGCGGUUGUUGAUGACAUUGAUGUCGACGCUUUUACAGGACCUUUGUGUCCGGUUUCCGGUUAUCGCGGGUUCGUUCCUACCACCACCGCCGCCCUUGUCAGCACCAGCGUCAGCCUCGUCUUCGUCAGCUGUCCCGGGUACACCUACCAUGACCAACACCUCUGGCACGAUGCAAGGAUCCCACCACUCAUUGGAUUUCGGACCCCACUUUCGAGAAAUAACCUGGACCAGCCAAUACUACCUCCGCCACUGGACCGUCAUCGACCUUGAAAAGCUCUCGACCCGUGGCCGGCAACUCCAUUACACCUGCUAUUGGUGCUUUGCGGACGGCGACAGCAGGGGCCAAGAUGGGAUGUUCAAUUGCUUGUUCCAGGAUCGGGAAAACUGGAUGAUCGGCGUGCCCGAGUACCUACAGCGGGCGCUGUUGAACCAACCAGGGGCGGACAGAAUUGUGACUCUGAGGAUUCCUAUUCGUCGGCUGCGGAGCUUUCAGGACCGGUUGGAUCGCGCUCCCAGGGGGUGGGCAAUGGCCAGGUCGAUAAGGAUGUGGGGGUCAUCAAGGACCUCGAGUAUGAGGAGGGGGGAGGAGCGGAAGGCGCGGGAUAGACUGAGGGCAGCGAAGAAGGAGGAAGAGGAGACUCGUGGGCGUAGUUUGGAUGCCGUUGCUCUCUCUUCUCUGCUUACGAAAGCGUCGUUAUCGCCAGAGGAAAGAAAAUGUACCAGGACUGCAGGAGAAUCGGACCAUACUGUUGACGUGUCGUCCCGGCCUUACUGUGUCACUCUGAACAAACUAACGAACUUGAGACGGAUCGAGAUCUGCAAUCUAAGCCAGAACGACUGCGACUGGGAGACUCUCCGCCGGGCCCUCUUCACCCUCGAGUUUGGUGGCGACUCUGGUGUUGACCUGGAAGACCUGGGGAAGAUGAAACCGACACCCGCGCUCCAAAAGAAACGACGCCGCCCCGGCAAGAUCCGGGAGCUAUGUCUCACCACCCAUUCGACUAUGGGGCUCGGGAUUGACAGGGUCCUGGAAUGUCUUGGAGGGUUGGAGGUGCUUGAGAUUAUAACGCGCAGUUAUCAGUGCUAUCCUUGGGUGACGACUUGGGAUCCGAGUCUGUGUAGGGAGUUGAGGGUUUUGAGAGUGGGUGAGAUUGGGCGGUUGACAGAGAGUACAGUGUCGUUGGAGGAUUUGGGUCGGUUUUGGAGGUUGGAGGAGUUGAGGUUGAGGAUUGAUAGUGGACACGUUUUCCAAUGGGUUGUGGAUGCCAAGAAGGAGGCGAGAAGGGUCAGCGUCGCAGGAGCUUCAAGUUUAAGAGCACGAGCUGGAGCAGUAGGAGGUGGAGAGGACGCCCUACUGGUGAACUGUCUUCCUCAUCUGAAGAGACUAGGCGUCCUCAACCGACAAGACCUUUCCGCAGAUGUCCUGACAACCAUCACCGAGGCGUUCGGAGACCAGCUCGAAGAGCUGGUGAUCUGCUUCUCUGGACAAGAGGGUCCCCUCCGGUUCCAACACCCGCUCACAAACCUCACCCGAUUGGCGAUCCGAUUCGUGAGCCUCCUGCGAUUCGAGUUUGAAAGCCUAUCUCAACAGUGUCCCCUGCUGGAGUGGAUCAUCAUCCAGCACACGCGGUUCCGGCCUGAUCGUGAUGCCAAUGGCAGUGAGAGCCAUCCAACUACGAUGUCGACAGAGGGGCGACCGUACCAUGACAUACUGAACCACAAGAUUGUCGAUGCCCUAGGACAGUUCACCCGACUACGAACCGUCUACCUCGAGGGAUACUCCGCCAUGUGCGGAGAACACCUUCGGAUACUUGUGGAUCAGUGUUCAAGUCUGAGACGGAUCGGGAUCCAUCAGAUGCUGGCCGUGACGACCGAAGAACUGGCGGCAAUUGAUACGGAACUGAGGUGCAGGCCGGAGAAGUUCCCGUUGUUGCAGAGAGGGGUGUAUAGGCUCCCGAGUCGGAUGUCGAAUUGGUGGGAUCUUGAUUUUCAUCGGCAGGCUCUUCAGUGGGGGUACGGCCUCGAUGAAUAA